AUGAUUAUAGAAGCUUCUCUAGCCCUUCUUCUUCCAUUUAUUUGGAUGGAAAGUGAGAGCACAUGUAAUGCAAUUGCUAAAUGCUUUCCCGAUCGGAACUUGGCUAUAUUUGUUCAAGUGUUGGAGAGAUUUGUGAAAGGAGAACGUCCCAAUUCUCGGAAAGAUCGUGAGGACGAUAAUCUUCUGACUCAAGGAAUAAUCACAGUCAUUUCCAGAGAAACCUCGAGUGGUGACACCCCCAGUGCGCGCCGCGCAUCAACGCGGGCAAUAGGAGGAUCAUACUCUACGUCAGAACGUCCAGCGGAACAUGUUUACCAUGUUCACCACCCAAACUUGGAGAUCGCAUUUAGCGACGACGAUCUCGAGGGGCCAUGUGGUGAGCACAACGAUGUGUUGGUCAUUUCUGCAUCAAUUUCCAAUUACUUGGUGAAGAAAAUUUUGGUAGACGGCGGUAGCUCGGCUGACAUUAUAUACUACGACGCUUUCGAAAAACUAGGGAUAGCCAAUGCUAAACUUGCACCCGUGAAAACGCCCCUAGUAGGUUUUAUAGGACACGCCAUCGAAGCUGUGGGAGAAAUUUCCCUCGUCUUGUCUUUGGGCUCAUUCCCAUGCCUGGCAAAAAACACCGUUAACUUCUUGGUCGUCAAGGCACCAUCUACAUAUAACGUGAUUUUGGGGCGUCCAAGUAUGAACCUCUUCAGAGCAAUCCCAUCAACAUAUCAUAUGAAGUUGAAAUUUCCUACAACUAGCGGAAUUGGAGAAGUCGUAGGUGAUCAACGCGUUGCUCGAGAAUGUUAUGUGAAUACCUUAAGAACACCUCAACUUUUGAACAAAAAGCAAGUGGGAGGAGGGGAUGACACUCCCAAUCUUCUAAAGAGAAAAUGGGUGAUGGCUGUCAAAGAUGUGCUCAUCACCUCCUCAACCGGUCAACAAGCCGACAACACGAGACUCGAAACAGAAGAAGAAUUGAAAAACAUAGAAGCAGAAGAUUUGGAAGAACGUAAUAAACAUAUCAAAGCGAAAGUGGAUAAGCUCCUCGCGGCUGGACAAAUACGCCCGGUCCAAUAUCCUAAGUGGUUGUCAAAUGUUGUCCUAAUAGAGAAAUCGGGGGGAAAGUGGCGUUUAUGUGUGGAUUUCACCAACCUAAACAAAGCUUGUCCUAAGGACCCAUUCCCUCUCCCAAGGAUCGAUCAACUUGUGGAUUCUACCUCAGGAUGUGAGUUGUUAAUCUUUCUAGACGCAUACCAAGGGUACAAUCAAAUCCAACUAGCCCCUGAUGACCGAGAUAAUGGAAGCUUCAUUACUGACCAAGGCAUAUACUGCUAUAAGGUAAUGCCAUUCGGCCUCAAGAAUGCCGGUGCAACUUAUCAACGACUCGUGAACACUAUGUUUGCCGAACUCAAUGGGCGUAACAUGGAGGUAUACAUCGACGAUAUGCUAGUUAAAAGCACCAAGGCCGAAAACCAUUUGAAGGACCUCGAAGAGUGCUUUGCUAUUCUCAGGGAAUACAAAAUGAAGUUGAAUCCUUCGAAAUGCUCGUUCGGGGUGAAAGGUGGGAAAUUCUUAGGUUACAUGAUCUCACAACGAGGAAUCGAAGUAAUCCAAGCUAAGAUUGGCGCCCUGAUCAACAUGGACCAUCCCAAGUCCAUUAAAAACGUCCAACAAUUGAAUGGUUGUUAG